AUGAUCGAUGCGCUGUAUAUAUUUUUUAUUAACGGGCAACUUCUUAUUCAAAGAAAUUAUCGAGAUAGUACUAAGAGGACCGAUUUAACUCAGUAUAUAAAUAAAUAUAUAAAAACGAAACGUUUUUAUGAAAAUCCUAUAGUGGAAAUAAAUAAUGUUUUUUUUAUAAAUGUAAAUAUAAAUGAAAUAGUUAUAACUGUAUUAACAAGAAGCAAUUCGAAUAUAUGUUUGAUAUUUAAUUUUAUUUAUAAAUUUAUUGAGAUAUUAAAAUAUUUUUUUAAUAAUGAAUUAUCAGGAAUAAAUAUAGUAAAUAAUUUUGUGUUGAUAUAUGAGAUAUGUGAUGAAAUAAUAGAUUAUGGAUAUCCACAAACAUUAGAAGUAAAUAUAUUAAAGAAUAGUUUAUUAAAUAAAGUUAAAUAUUAUAGUAAGACUUCUAGAUAUUUCCAAAAAAUUUCUAAUGAACUAUUAAAUGUAAAUAGUGUUAUUGAAGAUAUUAUACAUGAUGAUCGACAUAUACAAAAUAGAAUCAGUGAUAAUAAAAAAAGUAAAUCUAAUAAUAAAAUUAGAGACUUUUAUAAUACUAAAAAUGUCAAAAAUAAAAAUACAUAUGAUUUAAAUGAAAAAAAUAAAUUAAAAUAUAUAGGUAAAGAAACUUUAAAUAGAAUAAAAAAUAAAAUAAUAAAUAAUAAUAAUAAUAAUAAAACAGCUAACCAUUUUAAUUAUAUAACAGGUAAUUGUACUUGGAGAAAUAAUAAUAUUUAUUAUAAAAAAAAUGAAAUAUAUAUAGAUAUAUUAGAAAUAUUAAAUGUAACUAUAAAUAGUAAUAAUCUAAUAUAUGCACAUAUAAAUGGAAAGGUCACUUUGAAAUGUCACCUUUCAGGCAUGCCAGUAUGUGAAUUAAGUACUAAUAAUAAAAUCAAUCUAUUAAAGAAUAUUCUAGCAGGAAGUAACACAACAACAAACAACAAUAAUAAUAAUAAUAAUAUAAAUAAUAUGAAUACAAAUAAUAACAGUAAUAAUAUCAAUGAAACAAAUAAUUUACUAGGUAGUGCUGGAUCAGCCAAUUAUGUUAAAAAUAAAUUAAUACAAAAUAAAUUAAAAAAAAAAUAUACUCUCGAUGAAAAAGAUAAUGAAGAAAUUAUUAUUGAUAAUUGUAUAUUUCAUCAUUGUGUUACAUUAUCUAAAUAUGAAAAUAAUAAAGUUAUUACAUUCACACCACCAGAUGGAACUUUUGAACUUAUGAAAUAUACUAUUACUAAAAAUAUUCAAAUACCUUUUCAUAUUUUAGCUAUAUAUAAUCCUAUAUUAGAAUAUUCAAAAAAUGUUGAAAAAAAAUUCUCUUUAAAAAAAUUAACAACAAAUAAUAAAAGUAUAUAUGGUGAAUAUAAAAAUACUAACAAAUAUGAAUACUCUGUUACUAUUAAAUCUAAUUAUAAAGGAAAUAUGCAUGCAUCUGAUGUAUUAAUUAAAAUACCUAUAUAUAAAUUCUCAGAAAAUGUACAAGUAAAAUAUAAAUCUAUAGGAAAAACAGAAUUUAAUAAUAUAGAUAGCUUAGUUAUUUGGAGAAUCAAAAAAUUCUUAAGUUCAAGUGAACAUAAUAUUAAAAUACAUUUAACUCUAGAAAAUCAUAAUCAAAUCUAUUCUAAUAUGAAUAACACACAAAAAGUAGAUGAUCUAUCCAAAGUAGUAUUACAAGUACAUAAAAUUAAAAAUAUGAAUACUGUCAAAUUCUUAAAUACAUAUAAAAUGCCUAUAACAUUAAGUUUUAAAAUACCAAUGUUCACAUCAAGUGGUAUGUAUAUAAGAUAUCUUAAGGUCUUUGAAAAAUCUAAUUAUAAAAUAAUUAAGUGGAUCAAAUAUCUAACAGAGUCUGGCAUCUACCAGUAUAAAUAA